GGCCUUUCAAAUAAAGAUAAAGACGCCAAUAACUUAUCUAAUUCUUUUCAUCUCGAGUUUCAAUAUGUAAAUACGAAGAUCCAAGUACAAGAUACUGCAAAUGUGAAUCCUAUACUUUUACACUACACUUCCAUUAGUACUAGCGAGAACGUACCCCUCACACCUACUCCGUACACUCUAUCUACGCUCUACACUCAACACCCACUCAUCGUUCGUCCAAUGUCCAAUAUUGUAGAAUCCAAGUCGAUCAAAAUAAUUCAUCGCAUCGCUCCAUCUCCUCUGGACCCUUUCACGUGAAGACUUAUGAUAUAUAUCAGCAUCCAUUGCAGCUACACACCACAUCGAAGCAUCCAUCCUCACAAAGGAAAACCGCCAUCGAUGCUGUCACUGCAUCGUAUCCUUGUUCCAAUGCCCAUCAAUUUCCAAGCCACACCAGGAACCUCACCGAUUCCGGACUCCUUCUCAAUCCUUCCCGAUCCUUCAAUUAUUUGACAUGUGCAUCUCUCGAAUAAACCACCAUAUCAUAACCAAAAGCAAAAAAAAAAAAAAAAAAAAAAAAGCAUCACACCUUUCGAUGAUGAAUCCUGAAUCCAAAGCCUUGCCCCUCAUAUCUCACAUCCGAGGAGGGGCAAUCCAAGACAUACCCAGCCCCGUGCUGAGAAAAUGUCGAAAAAGCAAAUAAGUAAACAAAUGCAUGGCCACAAAAACAACCACCUCUUCCACGUCCAGUUCGGAAUGCGAAAACGUGCGGAAAAGCGUGGACUACAGCUUUUGCCGCAUCGCAUCGCAUCGCAUUAUUUGGCAAGAUGUUAGGAACGAAAGUACACGACCGACUUUCUACCAUCUAUAGCUAGGCGUGACGUGACGUGAAAAAUUUCACAAUCCCGAUGUCAUUUCUUCCCAAUGAGGAUAUCCGGGGGGGUUUUGGGCCUGUUUGGUGAUUGAUUUUUAGACAUGUUUUAGGCGGUUAGAAAUCCCAUGAGUGUGGCCAUUCGAAAUCAGAAUCAUCCAAAUCGAUUCCAGCACGCACUGACAAGGGCCAUCUUGCAUUUGAAAGUCACUCAUGACCAAAAGACGAUUCGAACGAUUCGAACGAUUCGAACCUCUCCCGUAAGUCAGGAGGUCAGUUGAAUAUGAGAAAUUUAUAUCCAGCUCUGUUUGGGCAACAAGUAUCAGAACCCAAUCAUAGACCCGAGCAGCUUAUAUCCACGGUUAUUUCUCGGCCGGACAUAAGAUACCGAUAUCUUGCUUCUUGAAGUCCUCAAGCACUAUCUGAUCCAAGCUCGCUUCAUCUCGGUGUCAUUGUCCCUGCAAGUCCUUCUACGUGCACAAGCUAGCUAGAUCGGUUCCGUGGAUUAAAACGGGACCGACUCUAUGUCGACGGCACCGAUUUGUUAUCGUUCCAAUACGGAUUCAGCAAAUGUGCAGCAGGCAACAGAGAUGUCUAUCCGAGGAGCAAUUCUGCCUUGAUGUUGGAACGUAGGAAGAGUACAAAUACUGUCAAUGCCAGCUUCUUCUACUUCUUAAAUCUAUCAUCAUCUCAUUCAAACUUUGAGUGAUUGCUGUCGGUUUCCUCAUCAUUGUGAUUUGCAGUGCUAAAAUUGACAAUACAUUAACCUCCAUCACAAACACCUCUUUCGUCAAGCAUAUGCAUCCCGACUCCAGAAUGUCACAACCCAAAGUCCUGAUAGCAGGAGCAGGCCUCGGCGGUCUCUGUCUAGCUCAAGGCCUCAAAAAAGCCGGCAUAGAUUUCCACGUCUACGAGCGAGACCACGCAUCAGAUUACAGAUUGCAAGGCUAUCGAAUCCGGAUCCACUCCGAAGGCACUGAUGCUCUACAGCAAUGUCUACCCCGUGACAUCUACCAGCUAUUCGAAGACACAUGCGCCGAAACGCGUCUCGGGCCCGGCGCCCAAGCCGAUCCUCAGACGGGCGAGAUCCUCCCUCCUCAACCCCAACAACAGGGCAAGGGACCCCCUCCCAUGUUCCGAAAUGCUCGCACGGUUGACCGUCGCGUCUUGCGCGAUGUCCUCUUGACCGGAUUGCAAAAUCACGUUUCGUUCGGAAAGGAAUUUUCUCACUAUACUACAAAUAGUAUUGACUCCAUCACCAUCACCUUCUCAGACCACACCUCUGCAACCGGUACUCUCCUCGUCGGCGCCGAUGGCGUCCACUCCCGCGUUCGGAAACAAUUCCUUCCAUCCCACGUUCCCCUCGACACAGGUGGUCGUAUCAUCUAUGGCAAAACUCCUCUCUCCCCCGACCUCACAGCUACAUUCCCAUCCGCAAUGCUCAAAGGCAUGUCUAUAAUCCGCGAUCCCGACGGUCCAAUCCCAUCCAUCACCCUCCUCGAACCCAUCACAUUCAACCCUCCCACCACCACCACCUCCUCCUCCGAUCCCCAUCCCCAUCCCGAUCCCGUCACCCUCUCAACCCCAUACAUAUACUGGGUAACCACAACCCAAGAAAUCGAUCUCGCCCCCCUCGCCCUCUCCACUUCCUCCCCCCACACCCUCUCCCUCUCCCUAACCACCCACUUCCACCCCACCCUGCACCCACUCUUCCACCAGCAAACCCCCACCCUCACCUCUCUCCUCCCCAUUUCCACGCACCCCUCUCCCCUCCCCUCCUGGCCCAGCACCCCCACCAUCACGCUCCUCGGCGACGCUGCCCACGCCAUGCCUCCCACCGGCGCAUCCGGUUGCGUAACUGCGCUGCGCGAUGCGGGAAACCUCGUGCGGUUACUUGAGGAAAGGGGCGCGAAAGAUGGUAUCGAAAUGUAUGAAGAGGAGAUGAGGGAAUAUGGGAGCGCGACGAUUGAGAGGAGUUUAGAGGCGGCGGUUAAGAUGUUUGGGUUUAAGGCGAGAGAGGAGUGGAGGAAUGUGGAAUAGGGGGGUUGGUUGAGCGUUUAGUAUUUAUUAUUAGUGGGAAGGGAUGUGUAUUUGUGUAAUUUGUAUAAUAUGUAUGUAUGUAUGCGUGUAGCGACCAUAGAAAUACUCUGAAUACUAGGGUACUACACCAACACAAUGAUAUACA